GUACUAAUGACUUAUUGAAACGGUGUUAAAUCGCAACAGUUGGAGACAAUUCUAUUUUCAGCAUCGAGAGUUAUUGUUUAUGUCACUAUUCCGAGGGUAAUAUUUGCCAGUAUUUCCCUCAAAAAGUCAAGAUCUUCAGCAGCGAUGGACGCUCAGCGCGCGCUGCUCGACAGUCUCAUGGGCUUGAAUCGCGACGGCGACCGGCCGGACGACGAUGCCACGAUGGACUUUCGGCAUCCUAGAGUCUGUAAACCCUAUUUAUGUGGUCUGUGUCCGCGCGAAUUAUUCCAGAACACACGCCUGGACUUGGGCACCUGCAAGUCGCUGCAUCUCCCAACGCUGCGCUUGGCCUACGAGGAAAAGAAGUCCACACGGGAUUUUGGUUACGAGCGUGAAUUGGCUAAUGAACUGUCGAGACUGCUGGCCGACGUGGAGAAGAAAAUCGCGCGUGCUCAGCGGCGGUUGGCCGAAGAUGGAGACGACGAACAAGCCCGGGCGCAAAUUCUGCAACUCACACAGGACAUGCAGGAUGCUGCGGCACAAGCCGAGAAGGCGGCGAAAGAAGGAAAUGCGGAUCGAUCGCUGAGUAUGAUGGAGAAGGUGGAGAUGCUCAAGCAAAAACGGCGCGAGCUGCUCAGACAGAGCAAUCCGGGGACCUCGAAUGCAGUGGACAACGUUAACCAGAAGCUGCGCGUGUGCGAUGUUUGUGGCGCCUUCUUGAGCAUAUUUGACAGUGAGAGACGCCUGGCUGACCACUUUGGGGGCAAAGUGCACGUCGGGUAUGUGCAGAUUAGACGGAAGCUGAAGGAACUGAUGGAGAAGAAGGAAGAGGAGAAGACAAAGGACAAACAGGAAAAGGAAGUAAAGAGGAAACGGACGAGAUCCCGAUCAAGAAAACGAGAAGAACGACCUCCUGAGAAUCGGAGAGAAGAACGUGGUCGCAAGGAUCGAGAGAGACGUAGGGAGCGAGAUCGAUCCAGGAGUCGAGAUCGCCGCCGUAGUCGUCGUAGGCGACGAUCGGUGAGCUCUAGUCGGAGCCGAAGUCGGAGCUACGAGCGGAAACGACAUCGACAACAUAGACGAGGAGAUAGAUGAGUCGGAAAAUGCUGUUUCGCGGGUUAAAGAUAUCUAUGAGUUACCGAUUAGUUGUGAAGCGUUCGUGUCUCACGCGCGUAGGCCUCCUUGUGCUGGGGUAUCUUCACGGAUGCAGCCACGUGUAUAUUAGCUGAAGGCUUAGUUAAAGUAGUCCAUGUGCAGCCUCGCAUCAGGAGGGCAAUCCCGUGGUCAGUAGUGCUCAGCAUCGAUCGAUGACCUUCUUGGCUCGCUGAGACACCAUCUGCUUGGAGGGCGCCGAGCAUGAAGCUUGGCAGGACAAGCUUUUCCAAAAGCUUGAAGAUCAAAGUAUACAAACCACAAUACUUACCGACCGUCCACGCCGACCGACCGAUGUCCCGCCAGCUGG